AUGACAGCCAUCAACUCAGCGGCUGUAUUCCAUCACACCAGGGACUUCCUCCUCUUCUCAGCAGCCGUUGGUCUCCCCCUCAACUUCGUCCGCUUCUGCAUCAUGGUCCGACCCGUCGCCUUCUUCACCUUCAUCCUGCUCAUCUUCUCCGCCAUCUUCGGCUUCACCAUGAAACGCCUCCACCGCCAAGGCGCGCACCUCAAAGCGACCUUCGCCACGCCCAUCACCGACCCAUUAAACUGUCUCAUCGCCGAUAUAUUGAUGGGCAUCCUGUCGCUCUUGACGCUCAGCUUCACGUGGACGCACAACAGGUGGCAGGAUACUGGGGAGACUUUCCUGGUGGCUUACUCGUCGACACCGCUGAUGUUUAACAUGUUCCUCCAUUUUUACCUUGCGCUGCUUGUGCUGUUUAGGACGAGUCAGAUGAAGGAUAUUGUGAAGGAGCUUGUCGGGGACUUUGUGUCGAGCUCGCCUCAGCCUUGCCCGCAUUGUCAUGGUCGACCGGAGUAUCACGAUGAACAUGAUGAAGAGCAGGCUUUGGUCACUCCUCCUGCUGGAGAGCAUGAGGAUGCGCACGAGGGCGGGGCUGGUCCUGCGACCGUCUGGAGCCGAUAA